AUGCGUGAUAGUCGCGAACGGGCCAGGACAGACAGGGACGCCAUGCCAGCGCAUGCAAGGGCGCUCCACAGUGUACGGGACGACGUGUCUGCUGUCAUGGACACAGGCUCGGGAAGUGAGGCUGGCAGAGACCUGCGCUUUCUUGUAGCCUCUGAGGGUGCGGCCCAAUCACUCGUUCAAUCCGAUCGCUUGGUCUUAUUUUUGGAAACAAACUUCAUGGCCGGCGGCAGCAACCACGCAGCCAGCCCCCCAGCGGUGGCCCCCAGCGUCCCACACUUUGUCAUUGAGGAGCUCCACGAGUUGCUGGAUGGCGUGCUGGGCAGAGGAGUUACAGGUGUAGUCUACGCCCUCAGGGGCUAUCCGAGUCUCGCUGUGCAGGAGAUCCUCCUCGACGGCCUGGGCAAGAGCAACGUGGACGCCAUCAGACUCGAGUUGGCCACCCUCCCCGACCUCUCCCACCCGGGGAUCCUCAAGUAUCAUCAAGUAGUCGAGGAUGAGGGCCUCAUCUACGUCGUCACGGACCGCCACGACAAGACACUCGAGCAAGUGUUUAUCGACUGCAAGCGGAGGAAGACCCCCGUCUCUCCCGAGCUGGUCCUCUCCGUCCUGAGGCAGCUCGCCGCCGCCCUCGCCUAUCUUCAUGGUCUCAGCGGGGUAGGUGCUAAUGGGCUUGUCCACCGCAACCUCAGGCCUGCCAGCAUCCUCGUCAGCGCAGAUGGUGAACACUUCGUCAUUGCUGAUUUCGGCCUCUGCAGGGACGCCCUGUGGAGUGAGAGCACUCUCAUGGGAAUAAUGGCAUACAUGGCCCCCGAGGUGCUCCUCCGUAAUGAGACCAGCCCCGCCUCCGAUAUGUGGAGCCUCGGGGUCAUCAUUUAUGAGCUUACUACUCUGAGGAGACCGGACUUCCUAGAAGGUAAAGACCCAAAAGACGUCUUCGUCGACGGGUGGACACCGGACCUGAGCGGUGUCGCCGAUGGCUUUAUGAAGAGUGUUCUGGAGAGGAUAUUCGUGCUGGAGCCAAAGGAAAGACUGACAACUGAGGAGCUGUGCAAGAUGCUCACUGCGAUUGACGUCCCAGUUGGUGAGCUGGGGGGUCAGUGCGUGAUGCUGAAGUACGAAUGCGGCUCCCUGAAGACUGCUCUGAACAGUGCUAAUGCUAGGAUUGCUAUUCUUGAGGCGGCCCUCGACGCCAGGUCUGCUGAGACUGCCUCUCUCAAAGACAUUCUCGAGACGAAGGCUGCCAAGAUCGAUGCUCUGGAACAGGAGCUCACAGCUAAGUCCGCUAGGAUCGACGCGCUCGAGAACCAGGGUAAAGAGCAUCUGGCCACGAUGAGAGCGCUAGAGGCCAAGGUCAUGCAACUUAGUGACAGGAUGGAUGCAGCCGACCCCCGCAGUUUUCUCCUGCUUCCCAAGCUGAUACGCGCUGCGCACACGAAUAACACAGAGACCGUCCGGGUGCUACUUGAAGAAAGAGUCUGCACCGGCCAGCGUGACAAGCAGGGGAUGACGGCCUUCAUGCACGCGGCCCAGCAGGGACACGGUAGGCCUGUUGAGCUGCUUGUUGAGAAGGAGAAGGGUCUCAAGGAUAAAAACGGCUGGACCGCGCUCAUGCACGCUGCACACAACGGCCAUCCCGAGAUAGUUAAGAUCAUCGCCCCUCACGAGCAUGGUCUUCAAGACUUACAUGGCCACACUGCUCUGAUGAUCGCCGCACAGCAGGGGAGCCUUGAAGUGGUAAAGCUCCUUCUUGAUCAUGAGAAGGGGCUGAGGGACAAGCAACAUCACAACGCCCUAUACCAUGCUCUCGAGAAUGGGCACUUAGGGGUUGCCGAGAUGAUCAUCCCCUACGAGGACCCAACCGAUGGGAACGGCGUCACGGCACUUAUGAGAGCCGCAGCCAGAGGAGACACUGAAAUGGUAAGGCUGCUUAUACCAGUCCAGAAAGGAAUGAAAGACAAGGACGGUAACACAGCCUUCAUGCACGCCCUCAAGAACAAGCACAUAGACACGGGGGUGGUGCUCGGCAAACAUGAAGACUCAUCCUGGACCCCGCUCAUGCACGCUGCUGCGGACGGAGGCAUCGAGGCGGUCAAGAAGCACCUCUCAGACAAGGACAAGAAGAACAACACCGGUGAGACUGCGCUGAUGAUUGCUGCCAGAGCGAGGCACAGGAACAUAGUAGAGCUCCUCGAUCCCACAGAUGAGAAGGGCGUCACUGCCCUCAUGCGAGCUGCCGAUAGAAACGACCCAGCAGCUGUGAAGGCACUUGCUCCCCUUCAGACAGGGCAGAAAACGACGGGGAAUGUCAGGAUAGGCAAGCUGAGUAUGCACGGUGGAACGGCGCUGAUGAGGGCAGUAGCAUAUGGCCACGCGAAGAUAGUGGAAAUACUCCUAGAGGAAGAGGCAGGCAUGCAGGAUAUUUUUGGACGGACAGCCCUCAUGCUUGCAGCAGAGAGCAACAAUUCAGAUUGUGUUAGACUACUAGUAAAGAAGGAGGGCGGGAUGCAGACAAGUUAUGGUUCGACAGCCCUUACGAUAGCAGCACAGCGUGGCCACCUAGAGUGUGUCAAGCUACUAUUAGAGAAGGAGGGCGGGAUGCAGAAUGAGGAUGGCGAAACAGCCCUCAUGAUAGCAGCAGAGGGAAGCCAUGCAGACUGUGUUAAGCUCCUACUAGAAAAGGAAGGAAGUAUGAGAGAUAACAAUGGACAAACAGCUCUUGUGACUGCAGCAGAGAAAGGUCACACAAAGAUAGUGGAAAUACUCCUGGAGAAGGAGGGAGGCCUGAGGGAUAAUGGUGGAUGGACAGCCCUCAUGAGUGCAGCAGCGAAUGGCCACGCAGAGAUAGUGGAGCUUCUCUUAGAGAAAGAGGGGGGCAUGAGAGAUAGGAAUGGUAAGACGGCCCUUAUGAUAGCAGCAGAGAAGGGUCACCCAGAGUGCAUUAAGCUUCUGCUGGAGAAGGAGGGUGGCAUGAAAAAGAAUGAUUUCUUUAGUAAUGGUGGGACAGCCCUCAUGUGUGCAGCACGUAACGGCCGCCCAGAAUGUGUCAGACUAUUAUUAGAUAAGGAGGGAGGAAUGAAAGGUAGUAACGGUGGGACCGCCCUUAUGAUAGCAGCGCAGAACGGCCACUCAGAUUGCGUCGAAAUAUUAUUAGAGAAGGAGGGCGGCAUGCAAGAAGGUGGUUUCUUUAGUAACGGAUGGACCGCCCUCAUGUGGGCAGUCUCCUGCAGCCAGAUAGAGUGCGCGAGACUCCUUGCAGAGAAGGAGAAGAACAUAAACAGGAGGAAACUCUUGGAGAUAGUCAACCGGAGAGGCAGUAACGAGAUGAUGGCCCUCCUCUCAGAAUAG